CGAGGAUGUCACCGCGAAGCAGACUGAUUCCUAUUGGCUGAUUCAGGCAGGGUUCCAUUGUGGACGUCACAAAGCGGAAGUUGGACAAUGAGCUUCAGACUAAAACUUCCUCCUCUGGGCAACAUCUGACAGCCGGUGGGAAACUGAACACUGGGCUGUUAGAAGAGGACGAUUUCCAGACAGAAAUCUCAAACCAAACAUCAAGAUCUGACAGUCGUUCAGUUCAUCACGACCUGAAUAUCAUCAGCCUUUGAAUCUCGAAGGAGAAAUGUUUGUCUGUUCUGUCUGCUUCAAAAGAUUUUAAACAUCAGUGUGACUGGAAAAGCACCGAGACACAUACCCGCAAGUGAGAGUGUUCUAGUGCGCUGAUUGGGGAAAGAGCUUUAACCAGUUACACAGCCUGAAAGAACAUCACCAUUCACAGUGAGGACAGACAUUAUACAUGUCCUGUGUGAGGACAAGGCUUCAACUGAUCAUCGGAUCUGGAGAGACACAAGGGCAUGCGCACUAUGGAGAAACCGUGGAAAUGUGGAGACUGUGGGAAAGGAUUCAGAUCCCCAUCUGAGCUGGAAGCUCAUCGACGCACCCAUACUGGGGAGAGGCCAUUCAUCUGCUCUGUGUGUGGGAAGGGAUUCGCUCAUUCAUCCAACCUGCUGACUCACCAGCGAGUUCACACUGGGGAGAGGCCGUUCACCUGCUAUGUGUGUGGGAAUGGGUUCAGUCAGUUAUCCAGCCUGCAGUCACACCAGCGAAUUCACACUGGGGAGAGGCCAUUUAUCUGUUCUGAAUGUGGGAAGGGAUUCAGUAAUUUAUCCGAUCUGCAUAAACACAAGCGUGUUCACACUGGGGAGAGGCCGUUCACCUGCUGUGAAUGUGGGAAGGGAUUUAUUGAUUCAUCCAACCUGCUGCGACACCAGCGAGUUCACACUGGGGAGAGACGGUUCACCUGCUCUGAGUGUGGAAAGGCAUUUAUUGAUUCAUCCACCCUACUGACACACCAGCGAGUUCAUACUGGGGAGACACCAUUCACCUGUUUCGAGUGUGGGAAGGGAUUCAGUAAUUCAUCCGACCUGCAUAAACACCAGCGAGUUCAUACCGGGGAGAGACCGUUCACCUGCUUCGAGUGUGGGAAGGGAUUCAGUCAUUCAUCCAACCUGCAGAAACACAAGCGAGUUCACACUGGGGAGAGGCCGUUCACCUGCUCUGAGUGUGGGAAGGGAUUCAGUCGGUUAUCCAGCCUCCAGAUACACCGGCGAAUUCACACUGGGGAGAGGCCGUUCACCUGUUCUGAGUGUGGGAAAGGAUUCAGUAACUCAUCCGACCUGCAGAAACACAAACGUGUUCACACUGGGGAGAGGCCGUUCACCUGCUCUCAAUGUGAGAAGGGAUUCAGUAAUUCAUCCGACCUGUAUAAACACAAGCGAGUUCACACUGGGGAGAGGCCGUUCACCUGUUCUGAGUGUGGGAAAGGAUUCAGUAAUUCAUCUGACCUGCAUAAACACCAGCGCAUUCACACUGGGGAGAGGCCAUUCACCUGCUCUGAGUGUGGGAAAGGAUUCAGUAAUUCAUCUGACCUGCAUAAACACCAGCAACUUCACACUGCCAGGAGGCCGUUCACCUGCUCUGCGUGUGGGAAAGGAUUCACUCAGUCACCCCACCUGCUGAGACACCAGCGAGUUCACACUGGGGAGAGACCGUUCACCUGCUCUGAGUGUGGGAAAGGAUUCACUCAAUCAUCCCAUCUGUCGAGGCACCAGAGAGUUCACAAGUGAUUACAGGGGUUGGAUUCUGCUGUUAUUGCUGCUGUUAAUCACAUCCAGGACUGAACCAUGUUCAUUCUGACACUUGGUGAAGUGGGAGGGUCAGAGGGUUUCUUUCUACUGGACUGGCCGGUCUCACGACUUUGCUUCCAGCGGGCUGAUGCUCUUUGAGCCUGGGAGUGCACAUUUCCAUUGAAAUGAUCCACAAAAGCUGAUGAAGGACAUUUAUUUUAUCCUGGAUAGUAAAUAGUGAUUGUUCCUACCACUACAGGUAGAACUAAAAUAAAUACAGAAAGUGUUGGAAAAACUCAGCAGGUCUGGCAGCAUUUUUGGAGAGAGAAACAGAGUUAACAUUUCAAGUCCAAUAUGACUCUUCCUCAGAACUUCAGAGAUGGAGAAAUGUGAUGGGUUUGAUGCUGUUGAGAAAGGGGGAGGGUCAGGUAGAACAAAAGGGAAAGUCAGGGAUUGGUUAGAAGGCAGGCGAGAUUAAAUAACAAAAACAUCAUGGAACAAAAGACAAAGGGAGAGGUGAUGGUUGCAGUAAAGAAACAAAGCAUUGGUCCAGAGUAAGUGUUAAUGGCAGAAUAAAGGACAGCUCUGUCUGAAAGCAAAAACAUGAAAACAAGACGCAGACUGGCACUUGGCCAAAAAAACAAUCAAAACAGAGGACAGAGUUGAUGGUCUGAAGUUGUUGAACUCAGUGUUGAGUCCAGGAGGCUGUAAAGUGCCCCAUCGGAGGAUGAGGUGCUGUUCGUCCAGCUUGUGUUGGGCUUCUCGGGAACAUUGCAGCAAGCCGAGGACAGAAAUGUGAGCAUGAGAGCAAGGUGGUGAAUUAUAAUGGCAGCAACUGGAAGGUCAGGGUCAUGCUUGUGGACUGAGCGGAGGUGUUCCACAAGGAGGGCAGCAAACAGGGGACAGAUGAAUUAAAGAGAAACCAUUUGGGUUCAGAACAUUAUGCACAUCCGUUUACUCUGGUUGUCUUUGAUCCACAAGUCAUUUUCUGUUUGUCUUUUAACCAAGUUCUGUUUCAUUACAAAGUUUUAUCAGUAAAAAUAUUUGAUUUUUCUGGACUUUUCAUGCUUAAAUUUCUGCACUUUAGGGAAAGUGGGUGAGAGGGGUUGGCAGGCUCUUUAACAGAAAGUGAGUCCCUCUAAGGUAAUUGACAAAGGAGCCAGACGGGGAGAGAGUCAGAUUUCAUUUCAGCCUCUUCCUUGUAUCUGUAUUUAAAGAGACGGGUUUCUGUUCAGCUCUGAGUGACCGAUAUAACAAUGUCUCCACUCCACUGUAUAUUUAAACAUCAAACAAAGCCUUGCAUGGCCGAUUAUAGUCAACAGCCUUCCUGUAGCUCUCUCUGGACACACAAUGGUCCCAUUGUUUUGCUCCAUGGAAAAUUGUAUGAAAAUGGUUAAAUCCAAUAAAAUUAACCCAGUAACAACAAUGAUCAAUGGUCUAAUGACAACAAGCCUCAUUCGAGAUGUGGUAAUGCUGAUUUAAGGAUUAAAAGUGGGUUUUGAGAACCAUCUUGGGUUUGCAAGUUUAGCUGUGGAGAUACUGAAUGACCCCUGGGGCAGGAUUGUGGGAAAUCUCUGUUGGUUCAGGAACCUGAGGAAGAUUCACGCUCAUACCUGGGGUUGUCGCCCAAUUGAGGUGGGGAAAGCCACUUGUGUAUUUCACAAU